AAAAUUAUACAUAUACGAAGCAAACUUAAAUAUACGUUAAAAUAAAAGUAAGCAUAAAAAAAAACUGGAUUUAGAAGCAAAUUUUAAUUUAAAAAAUUAUAUGUUGUGGAACAAAAUUUUUCGUACGAGGUCAUGGUACAGUCUCCAAAUCCCCAACAAAAACGUGAACCUAUUAACAAUGGGGAUAAGACAAAACCUGUAGUCGAUAAAAAACAAAUUCGAUAUUCAAAUGCUCAGGCAUUGUCGUAUCAAAGAGAAUUGAGACCUGGACUUGUUCCAACUCCAGUAGGGUAUCCUUGGCCUCUGAACUGGUCAAAUUAUUACUUUGGUAAUCAGCAUCCUAUAGACCCUAUGCUUUUUAGGUACCACCCAGGCUAUAUGUCGUAUACAUCACCUAUUUUCACAAAUUGUAUGGAUCCUUCAGUAUAUGCGUAUGAUCCGGAAACAGGAGAUAAAAUUAGUAAAACAAACCUCUAUAUUAGAGGUUUGCAUGGGUCCACUACAGAUGAAGAUCUUGUAAAUAUGUGCAGAAUGUAUGGAAACAUAAUCUCAACUAAAGCUAUUCUUCAUAAAGACUCUAAUCAAUGUAAAGGCUAUGGAUUUGUUGAUUUUGAUAACCCAGUUUCAGCACAAAGAGCUGUUGGAGCACUUCAAAGUAAAGGUAUCCAUGCUCGAAUGGCUAAACAACAAGAGCAAGACCCUACAAAUUUGUAUAUUUCUAAUUUACCAAAACAAGCUGAUGAGCAGCAACUACAACACUUGCUAUCCUCUCAUGGUAAUGUGAUUUCCACUAGAAUUUUAAGAGAUUCUAAUGGUGAAAGUAAAUGUGUUGGUUUUGCAAGGAUGGAAACAAAAGAAAUUUGCGAGCAAAUAAUUGCAAAAUUAAAUAAUCAUUAUUUUGAUGGUAGCAAUGAACCAUUGUUCAUUAAAUUUGCAGAUGGAGGACAAAAGAAAAUGAAACACGAUCCAUGGAAGGCGUUUAUGGAAAAUGAAAUAAGAAACAAUUCCUUUGGUACUGCGCGAGCUGCUAUUCAAAUGAUGAAGCGUAGACUUGGUGAUUUAAUGGGAUCUCAUGAAAAUGGUGGUUCAAUAGGAGUCUCUUAUCCUAUUCCAAACUGGCCUGUUCCACAUUCAUAUGCAGUUGCAGUUUCUCCUAAUGGUCUGGUUAGCCCUCCUAUUGACAGCAUGGCUAAUUCAAUGUCACAUUCAAUGCCACAACCAAUUGCGCAUUUAUCAAAUCAAUUAGCCCAAAUGCAAAUACAUGGUGGAGUCAAUCAAUACAUUAUUAAUUCUGCGGGUGGCUUUUCUCAGCCAAGUUCCUGGCAAAUUUCACAUCCACAAGCUAACAAUCAAGUUGAGAGUGAACCUUCUGUUAUAAUGACAGACUAUGCUCCACAUCUCAUUCCUGGUAAUCAACCUAACGACUUUCAUAAUGAUGAGAACAGAGUUGUUUUUGCAUAUAGAAGGAAAUGACACAUGCGAUUGGAAUAAAUAUUUUUGGGAAUUUUUUUAUUAUUUAUUUUAGAAGUUUUUAUUUUAUACUAAAAUUAUUUGAUGAAUUAUUUUAGAAUUUUUUGUGGUGUUUUUACAUGCGUUAAUUUUAUGAAAAGUCAGAUAUUUACGUCAUAAGGUUAAAUACCUUUUUUAUUUACAUCAUUAAGUUGAAUUUUUAUUUACGCUGAAAGUGAGAUCUCAUUUUAUUUAUAGGAAUUAUUUUUUAAUGUAGAUUUUUUACAAAAUAUUAUGUUCUAACUUAUGAAUUUAAAAUUAAUUUUUAAACGAAGUAAUUUUUUUUUCCAUU